AUGUCUUGUACCAUAACCUCAAAGAUUCACCAUCAAAUCUGGAUGAUGAACAUCUUCAUCUCUUCAUCUUCUCAUCCCUUCAUUCAUUCAUUUAUCCAUCCACUCAUCUCCUCCGCUCAUCAUUCAUUCAUUCAUACUUAUUACUUAUACAGAUACAUACACUCAAACAAACUUAUAUCUAUCUGUAUAAGUAUUUAUAACAACAUAUUCACAAUAAUGCCAACCCAAGCACCAACCGUACAUUACUCCGAGAAGUAUUAUGAUCAUAAUUAUGAGUAUAGACAUGUUAUUCUACCAAUGGAUAUAGCAAAAAUGAUACAAAUAGGUACUUUAUUGACUGAAGAAGAAUGUAGAUAUCUUGGAAUCAUUCAAUCAGAGGGAUGGAUACAUUAUGCUUAUCAUAGACCUGAGCCACAUAUCCUACUAUUCCGUAGACCAUACCAUGGUCCAUUACCAAGUCAUGUCGACUACCUA